AAGGGACAAGUGGCAUCACCACAACAAGGAGUAAGCAACAGGAGAAACAUUGGAGGCAACAACCAUCACCAUGGCAUCAUCCAAAGGAGGAGCUACCAGUCCAGCGGUGUUGAGAGCAUCUGAGAUGGAGAAAAUGAGUGUAGAACAACUAAAAGCAUUAAAAGAACAAACAGAUCUUGAAGUCAAUCUCUUACAAGACAGCCUUAACAACAUCAAGACAGCCACUGGUCGUCUUGAAAUCACCGCCACUUCACUUCAUGACCUCUCUCUCCGUCCCCAAGGAAAGAAGAUGUUGGUGCCAUUAACUGCUUCACUUUAUGUACCUGGUACACUUGAUGAUGCUGAUAAAGUUCUUGUUGAUAUUGGAACUGGAUAUUUUGUUGAGAAAACAAUGAAUGAAGGGAAAGAUUAUUGCGAGCGCAAGAUUAACUUGUUGAAGUCUAAUUUUGAUCAGCUUAUUGAGCUUGCAACUAAAAAGAAGACUGUAGCAGAUGAAGCAGGGGCAAUCUUACAGGCAAAACUGAGGCAGUUGGCUCCUACAACUUAAGAUUUUCAGAAUCUCUGCACCCUUUUUGUUAGGUUGUUGAAUUUCCAGCGUUGUGUAAAGGUACUGCUCUGUAAAACUGCAUUAGAGGUGACGUAAGUGCUCACCAAUUUUUUUUCUUUCUCAUUGAGGAGUGAGGAGAAGUUUUCUCAAUUCAAAUGAGACCAACCUUGGAUUAACCAAUUACGCUGAAAAUAAUAUGAAGUUAGUGAUGAUAAUAUCCAAUCUUGUUAAUAGGGAGGUCAUUGAGGUAUCCUCGCAGUUCAAUAAUUUGAAGGCAUGCUGAUCUGUUUAAUGAAUCUUUUAUUUCA